GUCCAAAUGGCUCCUUAAAUAGGAAAAAACUACACACGAUAUGAAAAAUAGACUAAAAAUAAUAAAAAUUAUAUCUCAAAAAGUCGCACUAGACACUUGAAAUAAACAAACAAAAAAUAAAAAAAAAACAUAAACUACAAAACUUGUACUUUCAAAUGUGAGUUCUUGUUAAAUACUGUUUUAUUUUCACAGUUCCAAUUAAAUUUAACAAUUAGAAUUUGAUAAAUAUCUCACGGAGACUAAAAAGGCUCAUUUUUUACAAACUUAAAGGACCAAAAAUGUUAAAAGACAUACUAAAGAGACUAUUUUGAACCUAUCCCAAACAUAUAAGGGACCAUAUUUUUCAUUUUCAUGCCAUUUUGUGCCUAAAAAUCAUUCCCAUUUCUCUCCAUUAUUAUUUAUCUCAACACUUAUCUUUCCUUUCUCUAUUCCCGCCUUCCAUUUCAAGGCUUUACUCGUAACCACCUUUCCUUGACGAAUUAAUUACAAGUAACAGAUUCUUCAUUUUAUGUUUCAUUUAUGCAUUUGUAAUUAAAAGGGGCUAAAACUUGAAGAGCAACAGCAAGAGAAUUCACUUCAAUGGAUACUUAUAUCAGAUUUUGUGCUUUAGUUGUUUCUAUAUCUCUGGCUUUGAAUUGCCUGGGAUCUGUUGCUUAACUUUUGCCUGAAGAAGAAGUAAAUGUUCUGAAAACAAUAUCAUCGAAACUUCAGAACAAAUAUCGGAACGGCAUCAGCAGAGCUUCUUGCAGAGAGGGGAAAGGUUUCAACAAGACUGUUUAUGAUAAAAUCUUCAGCAACGUAACGUGUGACUGCUCAUUCAAUAGCAACUCAAUUUGCCAUGUUGUAAUAAUCCAAUUGAAGGGUCUCAGUAUGACAGGAAUUCUGCCUCCAGAAUUUGCACAGCUUACUCAUCUGCGAGAGUUAGAUUUGUCUCGCAAUUACUUAAAUGGAUCGAUUCCCUCAAGCUAUGGACAACUUCGCAUCACUAUUCUGUCACUCCUGGGUAACCGUAUCAGUGGGCCGAUUCCCAAGGAAUUAGGUGACAUUGAAACACUGGAAGAACUAAAUUUGGAAAAUAAUCUACUUGAAGGACCUCUUCCUACAAACCUUGGUAGUUUGAGCCGCCUGAGAAAAAUGAUGCUUUCUGCCAAUUUUCUCAAUGGAACUGUACCUGAGAACUUCAGCAAUCUUAAGAACAUGACGGACUUUAGGAUAGACGGGAAUAGGAUAUCUGGAAAAAUACCAGAUUUUAUUGGCAAUUGGACCAGCAUGGAUAGAUUAGACAUUCAAGGAACGUUAAUGGAGGGACCUAUUCCUCCUAUAAUAUCCCAGCUGACAAACAUGAGGGAGUUGAGAAUAUCUGAUUUGAGAGGAAAACAAAUGCUAUUCCCAAAUCUUGAAGGCCUUACGAAGAUGAAAGAUCUGAUUUUGAGAAAUUGCUCAAUUUUUGGUCCAAUUCCUAAUUCCGUAGGUGACAUGACGCUUUUGAAACUUUUGGAUCUGAGCAACAACAUGCUGAAUGGUAUGAUCCCAAAUACAUUUAAGCAGUUGGAUUUUGAUUACAUGUUGCUUGGUGACAACACAUUAAGCGGACCGAUUCCCGACUGGAUAAUCGAAAGAAGCAGGGAUGAUUACAUUGAUUUAUCAUACAACUCAUACAACAAUUUCACACAAACACCUAUUCAAGGAUGCCACUCCUCUACAUUAAACUUGGUCUCCAGCUAUUCAAAUACAACAAGCAGCAGCAACUCGGAUUCCUGGUGUUCCAAGAAAGGCCUUGUUUGUCCCACAGAAGCGAAAUAUCAUUCACUAUUUAUAAACUGUGGAGGAUCUAGAACUAAGUUUGAGGGAAAUGAUUAUGAGGAGGACUCUACUAAUAGGGGUCCAUCAUAUUUUUCUUCGUCCUCCGAUAAAUGGGCAUUCAGCAGUUCAGGAGUGUACGUGGGUCUUCGAGGUGCCAGUUAUAUUACAACAAAUACAUCUUCACUGGACAUGUCUGGUCCUGAUUUUUACAAGACAGCAUGCCUUGCCCCUAAUUCUCUCAAAUAUUAUGGGCUUUGCAUGCGACGAGGUAGCUACAGAGUGCGCCUUCACUUUGCUGAAAUAAUGUAUUCUAACGACUCAACAUAUAGCAGCCUUGGAAGGCGGAUAUUUGAUGUAGCAAUACAAGGGAAUGUAGUUUUGACGGACUUCAACAUCAUGGAGGAAGCUAAGGGUGUUGGAAAAGGCAUUUCCAUGGACUUUAAAGAAGUUUUUGUUAAUAGUGGCACUCUGGAGAUUCACUUGUAUUGGACCGGGAAGGGGACUAACGCUAUUCCAGACAGAGCUGUAUAUGGACCACUGAUUUCAGCUAUCACAUUGACACCUAACUAUGAUACAGGCAACGGGUUACCUAUUGGAGCUGUUAUUGGCAUUGUACUCGCUUCAGUUGUGGUUCUUCUGAUAGUUUUAUUUGCUCUGUGGAAGAAAGGCAUUUUCGGAGGGAAAGAUAAUAAAGAAGAAUUAGAACUCAGAGUCCUUGAUUUACAAACAGGUCAUUUUAGAUUUAGACAAAUUAAAGCUGCUACAGGUAACUUUGAUCCUGCCAACAAAAUUGGUGAAGGAGGUUUUGGAUCAGUUUACAAGGGUACACUCUCUGAUGGUACAAUCAUAGCUGUUAAGCAGCUCUCUUCCAAGUCGAAGCAAGGAAAUCGUGAAUUUGUCAAUGAGAUAGGCAUGAUUUCAGCUCUACAACACCCACACCUUGUGAAGCUUUACGGUUGUUGUAUAGAAGGGAACCAGUUAUUGGUGAUAUAUGAAUACAUGGAAAAUAACUGUCUUGCUCGAGCUCUCUUUGGCCGUGACGACCUGAGGUUGAACCUAGACUGGGCAACCAGAAAAAGGAUAUGUUCGGGAAUAGCAAAAGGGUUAGCUUACCUUCAUGAAGAAUCAAGGUUGAAAAUUGUCCACAGAGAUAUAAAGUGUACCAAUGUGCUUCUUGAUAAGGAUCUGAAUGCUAAGAUUUCUGAUUUUGGAUUGGCUAAACUAGAUGACGAAGAGAACACUCAUAUUAGCACCCGAAUUGCUGGAACAGUAGGUUAUAUGGCUCCUGAGUAUGCAAUGAGAGGCUACUUGACAGAUAAAGCUGAUGUUUAUAGCUUUGGAGUGGUUGCAUUAGAGAUUGUCAGCGGGAGAAGCAACACAAACUACAGGCCAAAAGAGGAAUUUGUUUACCUUCUUGACUGGGCUUACGUCCUACAAGAACAGGGAAAUCUCUCAGAACUAGUGGAUCCGCGUCUCGGUACAAGUUACUCCAAAAAAGAGGCAUUGCGGAUGAUAAAUCUGGCUCUGUUGUGCACAAAUCCCUCUCCCACUCUCAGGCCAUCCAUGUCUUCUGUUGUGAGUAUGCUCGAAGGAAAACUUCCAGUGGAAGCACAACUAGUCAAGCGCAGCACAUCAGACGACGAAAUGAGAUUUAAAUCCUUUGAGAAACUAUCACUCGACAGUCAAACACAGGUUUCAACUUAUUCUCAGGACAGUCAAGUGCAAAGUAUGAAUGCACCUUGGAGCGAUUCGUCGGUCCAUAGUAAAGAUGAAAAUAGUACAACAAGCAGGCUUCUUCCAGAUCUUUAUAACGUAAACCUAAAUUGAUAGACGGAUAUAUAGUACUGCAGAAUUAUAGAAGUAGCUUUUUAUUUGCAUCAUGUAAUUAUGUAACUGUAAGCAAUGAUUUUCAGUGUUACAGAGGUCAAAUUGUUUUUUUGCGUGCUA